UAUCAUCUUGGUAAAUCUAAACCAACAAAAUCAAAGUUGACUAGAUCAACAAACUCAAACUCAAAGCCUAUAAGUUUUACCACUACUGCUAUUGAAUAUACAACUUUUGAUACAAAUAAUUAUAUUACAAAUAUAUCUAAGACUAGUCAACUUAUUGAUAGUCAUAUGGCUUUUAAUAUUAAUACAAAUAAUAAUACCAAUAUAUCUAAGACCGACAAGCUUGAUGAUUAUACUAUUUUUGAUAUGAACACACCAGUUUGUUAUGAUUUAGAAGAUUUUGUAAAUGAAAAAUUUGAAGUAUCAGAUUUAAAAAAUAAUAGUUGUGAUAUUAGUAGCCAAUUAGAUGAGCUAGAUAAUAAAAAUGAUAAGUAUAAAAGUAAAGAAUUUUUAUUUAAACUAUAUAUUAAAAAUCAUGAUAAUACUAUAUUAUCUGCCAAGCGAUUAAAUAUUUUAGCAGAUUCUUGUAGUGACUUUCAUUAUCAAAUUGAACUAAAUAAUACUACUAUUACCCGAAAUGAUUAUAUAUUAGCAUAUAAAGUAGCAAAAAAAACUGGG